ACAUGUUAUUAACUAAUAGCCGAGGUCAACAAUUAACGAUUUGAUGAUUAACCACAUUGUGUCCUUAAACUAAUUGUUAAUCAACAGAAUGAUCAUCAUCAAAAUUUAAUUCAGUUUCAUGUUGAUUAAAACCUUUAGGUGAUCAUGUGACAUUGACAAUUGAUGAUUAAUUGAUAAAUUGUUUUGUUUUCAUUUCUAAUUGUAAUGGUUACCAUGACCAUAGAAACCAAUAGUAACCUUUUUCUGGUCUCGUCAAUAGUUAUCAAUGAAUUUGAUUCAAUUGUGAUUAAAAUUUGAUUGUUUUCAUCCACUCGUACUGACUAAUCCAAUUUACUAAUUGCAACAACUAAACUAGAUUGUUAAUUGUAAAAAUGAUGGAAAGAUUUGAUAAUAAACAAGCCGAUGAUUAUAUUGAUUCUUACAAUGAAGCUUAUGAUGAAUGGAAUCAAAUUAAUGUAAUUCCAAUAAUUAAUUUAUCAUCAACCUCUCAAGAUUCAACUUCAACUGAUUGUAAAGUGAUUAACAAAUUAAUUGGUGACAAUCAACUGGAUACAAAUUGUGAUAAUCAGAUAGUUUUACAAUCAUCAUCAAAUGAUUAUCAUGAAAAAUCAACAGCAAUUAACAAUAAUGAUAAUGAAAUAAUUAAUAUGACAACAAACUCAUCGAUAAUUAAUUCAACCAUUAAUCCAGUAACACUUGAUGAAGUUGAUCAUUAUUUUUCAUCAGUAGUUAAUUUAUCACAAUUAAGAGAUAAAAUUAAACCAGUUCAACCAAUUAGCUUUUGGAAAAAGGUAAAAUCAAUACUAACAUUUAAUCACAAUCAGGUGAGGAAACUUAAUUGUAACUUAAUCAGUCAACGUAACGAUACCUUUGCAUUGGCUUUGUUACCAUUUGACAAUACUGACCCUUGGCAUUACCGUUUCUUGGUAACAAUUUAUACACAAUUAGUUAAUCAUCGUGAAAAUAAUUUAAACAAUCAACAAGAUAAUAAUCAACAAUCACAAUCAAUUCCAAGAUAUGGUCAACAUUGGGAAGCCAUUGGUUUCCAAGGGAUUGAUCCAGCAACUGAUUUAAGAGGUGUUGGUUUAUUUGGAUUGUAUCAAUUGUUACAUUUAACUAAUUGUCCUGACAAUUUAAUCCUAUGUCAAGAUAUUUAUUCAUUAUCAAUUGAUUCAGUUCAAUCAUUUCCACUCUCAGCAAUGUCCACUAAUUUAACGGCCAUUGUCCUUCAAUUGUUACGUUCAGGUCGUCUUAAUGGUUACCUUAAUAAACGGUUUUCCUCCUUGAUUGUUAACAAUCAAUCAACUAAUUAUGUCUGUAAGAUGCUUAAUCAACUUUAUGUUGACCUUUACUUUACAUUAUUUAAAAUUUGGAUUAAACAAAAUAAAACAAUUAAAGAUGCCGGAUUUGUGUUGAAAGAAAUCAGGAUUAAAUGCUACAAACAAUUAAAUUCAAUCAUUGGAAGCUCAGCUAAUUAUGGAAGCAAAGUUAAUCAACGAUUACUAUUAAAAGAAACUAAUUGUGUUACCUUUUCAAACAUUGGUGAUCUUUUUGAUACACCAAUUAGUUAAUUGAUUUUCCGAAAUUAAAUCAUGACUUUUGAUUUUUUUGUCUUUGUACAAUUAAAAUCAU